CGGCAUCUCCUUUUCCCACCUCCAUCGGCACCACACCCAUGGCCAAGAAGGACGCCUCCAAGAACGCCCAGAAGCAGGCUUCGUCUGCCUCGAUCUCCGCGGAGGAGAUCAAGGCCGCUGCUGCGUCUCCCGCUGCACCGGCUUCCUCAGCCAAGCCCCCGGCCGCGAGCCCUGCCCCGUCCAGGAAGCAGCCGGCGCAGCUCUCCACGGCAUCGCUCCUCAAGCUGCUUGUGCAGAACUACUGGAACAACACCCCCCAGCGCCUCAAGCUCAUCGACUCCUUCCUGGUCUUUGUCAUGAUCACCGGCAUUGUCCAGUUUGUCUACAUGCUGAUCGCCGGCAGCUAUCCCUACAACGCGUUCCUGUCGGGAUUCAUCUCGAGCGUCGGCGUCUUCAUUCUUGCAGCCAACCUCCGUAUCCAGACCAACCCUGAGAGCACAGAAUAUUCGAAUCAGCAUCAUGAAAAAGCUUUCGCCGAGUUUUUGCUCUCGGGCAUCGUCCUCUUUGGCUUUGUUAUCAACUUUAUUGGCUAGAUAUCCAAUAUACAUCCGUUGUCUGUUGAUGCCCCAGCUCGACGGUCGCGAAGUGCCACUCUGAGAGCUCACACCCGAAGAACAACCACGCUUGGGAACCGGGG